AUGAAGGUGAGAAAAAUCUGUCAUUUUAUGUUUAAUCGAGGCGAAGUUUCUUGGAAAUCCUUACUAACGUUAAACUAUUUAAAUUUUCAUUUCUCACUGUUUUUCCCCUUGACGAAAGUUACUUUGUCCCACGCUUUAACUUAUCGACAUAAGAAGAUCCGACAGUAAUCGUGAUGGAAAUUUCCCGCUGUUGGCGUUAGGGGAAAGAGACUUGACUAACAAAAACAGUUAGGUUUUCGUGAAAAAAUUAUUCAAAUGACUUUGAGGUCAUUUUGGCGAUGAAUACCGGAUGAGAGGCUGUUACAGACAGUCAAUCAGUCUGAUAGAGAGUGGCACAUAUAGAGCCUUAAUUCUCGCUUUUCUUAUGACGUUAAUCUUGCGUGUGAACUAGUCGCCUUUUGAUAUCCAAAAGGAAAGGAUGUGUCUUCUGUUGCGCUUCGUAAUAAAAUUGUCGCAUGUUGUAGCAAGACUUGGUUUUCAUGGACAGAGAUUAAGGAGACCCACUAAUGGCUACAGUCAUCGUCAGUGAUGAUAAAAAGAUACUGAUAAAAGUAAUGAUUGUGGCGGUGAUAAAAUAACAACUACUGUUCAUCAUAAUUUCAUCAUCGUCAUCAUCAUCAUCAUUACAGGGUGCACAAGCCGAAACCAUAUCGCAAAGUAGUUUGUGCAAAUCCUGUCCGUGACAACAUGAGUGUCCAUCCUUCGAAUAUCCCUGCGCCAUUGAAAGAAAUGAACUCCUUUGACUUAUAGAUGUGUAGGAGUUUACUUGACACAACUUUUCUCUCUAAAGCCCGUGUGACGAGGACAGUUUCCAAUGUGGUGAUCAUAGUAUAUGCGUUCCCAACUAUCAAGAUGACAGUGUUCGAUGCCAGUGUAAGCAUGGCUUCACAGGAAAACCUUGCGGUAGGUAUAUGUCGCUUUGCUUAAGCAUGGAAAAGCCUCAAUUAUCAUAUAAAGAAGCGAUCUUGAACAGGUUCUUUUUUUUCCUCGUAAUAGAACCAAAAAGCUGCUCUCAAUUGUUUCAAAAUGGUUUUAAUUGUAGUGGCGUGUACACCAUCAAUCCAGAUGGCGGCAAACCAAUCCAAGGGUUGUUGUGA